CCAGAGAACCGAAAACGGAGGCAGAGGCAGCCGGAGCGGCCGGGCUGGAAACGGAGAGAAAAAACACUACAAAUCAGCGUCUUCGGGUGGAGAGAAGGGUCCUCGGCAGUGCAAUGAGCUCUGGGCUUCUGUGUUCCGCCUGGCUGUGAGAGAUAAGGACGGGUUCCUGCGAUCUUUUGAACAAAAACAACAACAACAACAACAACAAACACCCCAAAUGAACUCCGUCAGAGCUGCGAACCGGAGACCGAGGCGAGUGUCGAGGCCGCGCCCGGUACAGCCGGACAGAAACAACCAGGAAAGGGCCGAAAGAGAUGAGGAGGUGGCUGCAGACAUGGUCGCUGAAGAAUCUGGUCCAGGAGCUCAGAACAGUCCAUACCAACUUCGUAGAAAGUCCCUUUUGCCCAAGAGAACCGCCUGUCCAGCAAAGACAAAUAUGGAGGGGGCUUCCACGUCAACAACGGAAAACUUUGGUCAUCGGGCCAAGCGUGCUAGAGUGUCAGGGAAAUCGCAGGACCUGCCAGCUGCUCCAGCAGAGCAGUACCUGCAGGUGAAGCUCCCAGAUGAGGUAGUGCUGAAGAUUUUCUCGUACCUGCUGGAGCAGGAUCUGUGUCGAGCCGCCUGUGUGUGCAAACGCUUCAGUGAACUGGCCAAUGAUCCCAUCCUGUGGAAAAGACUCUACAUGGAGGUUUUUGAGUACACCCGUCCCAUGAUGCACCCUGAGUCAGGGAAGUUCUACCAGAUCAACCCAGAGGAGUAUGAGCAGCCCAACCCCUGGAAGGAGAGCUUUCAGCAGCUGUAUAAGGGAGCGCAUGUGAAGCCAGGCUUUGCAGAACACUUUUACAGUAACCCUGCCAGAUACAAAGGGAGAGAGAACAUGCUGUAUUACGACACCAUUGAGGACGCCUUAGGAGGAGUCCAGGAGGCUCACUUUGAUGGGCUGAUAUUUGUCCACUCAGGCAUCUACACAGACGAGUGGAUCUACAUAGAGUCGCCGAUCACGAUGAUUGGUGCAGCACCAGGGAAAGUAGCAGACAAAGUAAUCAUCGAGAACACUAGAGAUUCAACGUUCGUGUUCAUGGAGGGGUCAGAAGACGCUUAUGUCGGCUAUAUGACAAUAAAGUUCAACCCUGAUGAUAAAUCAGCUCAGCAUCAUAACGCACACCACUGUCUAGAGAUCACGGUCAACUGCAGCCCCAUCAUCGACCACUGCAUCAUCCGCAGCACAUGCACAGUGGGUUCGGCAGUAUGCGUGAGCGGUCAGGGGGCGUGUCCCACCAUCAAAAACUGUAACAUCAGCGACUGUGAGAACGUAGGCCUCUACAUCACUGACCACGCACAGGGCAUUUAUGAGGACAAUGAGAUCUCCAAUAAUGCUCUAGCUGGGAUCUGGGUGAAGAAUCAUGGAAACCCCAUAAUCAGACGAAAUCACAUCCACCAUGGCAGAGAUGUGGGAGUCUUCACCUUCGACCACGGCAUGGGCUACUUCGAAAGCUGCAACAUCCAUAGGAACCGGAUAGCAGGCUUCGAGGUGAAGGCGUACGCAAACCCGACAGUGGUGCGCUGCGAGAUCCACCAUGGCCAGACGGGGGGCAUCUAUGUGCAUGAAAAGGGCAGAGGGCAGUUCAUUGAGAACAAGAUCUAUGCAAACAACUUCGCCGGCGUGUGGAUUACCUCAAACAGUGACCCCACAAUUAGGGGUAACGCAAUCUUCAAUGGCAACCAAGGUGGUGUUUACAUAUUUGGUGAUGGUCGAGGUCUCAUAGAAGGAAACGAUAUCUAUGGUAACGCCUUGGCCGGAAUUCAGAUCCGGACCAACAGCUGCCCGAUUGUCCGGCACAACAAAAUCCAUGAUGGACAGCACGGGGGCAUUUAUGUGCAUGAGAAAGGCCAGGGCGUGAUCGAGGAGAACGAAGUCUACAGCAACACGCUGGCCGGAGUUUGGGUGACCACAGGCAGCACGCCAGUCCUGCGCCGGAACAGAAUCCACAGCGGCAAGCAGGUUGGUGUUUAUUUUUAUGAUAAUGGACAUGGCGUGCUGGAGGACAACGACAUCUACAACCACAUGUACUCUGGAGUUCAGAUCAGGACCGGAAGCAACCCAAAAAUCAGACGGAACAAGAUCUGGGGUGGGCAGAACGGUGGAAUCCUUGUUUACAACUCUGGUUUGGGCUUCAUAGAAGACAACGAGAUCUUCGACAACGCCAUGGCGGGAGUUUGGAUCAAGACGGACAGCAACCCGACACUCCGCAGGAAUAAAAUCCACGAUGGGAGAGACGGAGGGAUCUGCAUAUUUAACGGAGGACGAGGGCUGCUGGAGGAGAACGACAUCUUCAGGAACGCUCAGGCUGGAGUCCUCAUCAGUACGAACAGCCACCCUGUGCUGCGGAAGAACAGGAUAUUCGACGGCUUUGCUGCAGGUAUCGAGAUCACAAACCACGCAACUGCCACCUUAGAGGGCAAUCAGAUUUUUAACAACCGCUUCGGUGGGCUGUUUCUUGCGUCUGGAGUCAACGUAACGAUGAAAGACAACAAAAUAAUGAACAAUCAGGAUGCCAUUGAGAAGGCCGUGAGCCGAGGUCAGUGCCUGUACAAGAUUUCCAGUUACACCAGUUAUCCAAUGCACGAUUUUUACAGAUGUCACACCUGUAACACCACAGACCGCAACGCAAUCUGUGUGAACUGCAUCAAGAAGUGUCAUCAAGGACACGACGUAGAGUUUAUUAGACACGAUAGGUUUUUCUGCGACUGCGGCGCCGGGACGUUGUCGAACCCCUGCACGCUAGCCGGCGAGCCGACGCACGACACGGACACGCUGUACGACUCCGCCCCUCCUAUAGAGUCCAACACGCUGCAGCACAACUGAGGCAGAGCACGUCUCGCCGACCUCCACAGACUCUACAGCCUCGGUGCAGUGCUGAUAUUACUCUAGAAAUAAUUCAAUUUCAACUUAAGAAAAAAUGAAAGCAAACACUUUAAAAAUGGGAGAAAAUUCAGCUUUCAUAAUGCAAGUUAUGAGGACUUUUGUAUUUAAAAGAAAAAGAGAACAUUCUGCUGUGGAUAUAGCGCUUCCCCUGCUUUCUUUUCAUGCAACCGGUUGAAAAGAGACGGACGGUAAUAACGCUUUCAGGUGCUGGGACGGCGCAGCAGAGAACCUGCGAAUGGCCUGAGACAGACGGCGCCCUCUACAGGAGGAAAAGUGGCCGCAGACUCUGGAGGGAGAAAAAACUUUGAGCCAUAAGAGAGAAAAAGACAGAAAAGCGUCUGGAAGCUCUCACUAUUUCCUAAGCGCCUGUCUCCAGGAAACCAUUGCCACGCUAUUGUGUAUGUAUGGGGGAUAAGUUACCCAGCACUUCAGCAGUUUUUAUUUUAUUUUUUUUUUUUUUUUAAACACAAUAUUGGUAUUUGAUUUGAAUCCUUUCUCAUGUUUCUCAUAGUUUUGUAUUUUCAAGCAAAAAUCUUAAAUGUACUUGAAUGUGUUCUUAUUUUAUUUUAUUAAAUAUUAAUUUCAGGGGUUGUUAUACCUUUUAGACUUACUGUAAUUGUACUCAUGUUGCAGGAUGUAUGUUCUUUCUGUGAAAGAGAUUUAUCAGGAAAAGAGAGAAAUGAAAAACACUAACUAUUCUCCAGCAAUGUCUUAUUUUAAAUGGUAAAAAAAUUGGUUUAAAUGCUAGAGCGAGUGUUUUCACGAGACUGGAGUGAUGUUUGUAUGCUUUGUAGAUCUUAGAAUGUUUAAAAUUUUACCCCUCUUUUGUUUUUUUUUUUAAAUUCUUUUAAAAGUCUGUAGGAUCCUCCUCUGGCUAGUCCUGAGAUUGACCUUCUUCCGCUUAGAGCUGUUGACGUUUCCUCGUCCAGUAGCCGCUGGAGGAACGUCUAGAGUAGCAGUCUCGUGAAAUCACUGCGUGUCGCCUUCUCUCUGAGCGUCCCGGGCGAAAGGGAAUGAGAACGUUGCUGGAGAAAAUGUAAAGCGGCUUCUUGCUGUGUCGAAGCUCAGAAGUAUCUAUACAGCUGUUCUUUUCUUUUUGGCUUUCUCAUCCAACUGUAUUUGGUGACUGUGGGUUCUUAUACAGCCUGAAUUGUAUGCAUGUUCCAUGACAUCUAGACUUAAUAUAUUGUGGAGUACUCAA